GAAGGGGCAACGCUGGAAUGGUGUAAUGUUCGCUCCAUCAGCAGCCGCCAGUGUCGUUGGAGUGCAUGUGCGCCGCAUCGCGGCCAAGCACCAUCAGUUGUACAUGCAUCAAGCGAGCCGCCGCCGUUUUGGAUCCGAUAUCGACACACUGCGUCUGCUAAGCGAAUGGCAUGGGAAGAGCGGCGGUGGGUUCGUUGAAAGGGGUGGCGAAAAGGUGGCAACUGCAGCUGGUCCGAUAGCUGAGGAUCUCGAGAACUUCUCGGAGGCAGCGAGUACGCCGAAAAUGCAGGCACCACCGGGCCUGAUAGUCAGCAAAUGGGAUGCAUUGAUGAGUAAAAUUGGAUGGCUGAAAAAAGACGGGGAAACCACUUAUACCGGCGUGCUUGCGCCUUAUUAUCGAAUUAUAGAAGCGUACAGGUCAUGGAGGAAUUUUGUGGUGGAGCCAUCCCGAGAAAAGCUUCUCCCGGAUCCGCUGAAGCCACCGUAUUGGCAGCCAAAAUAUACUGUUGUUAUUGAACUGAAGAAUGUUUUAGUGGCUCCCGAAUGGAGUUAUAAAACGGGAAAUCGCGUCAAGAAGCGCCCGGCACUCGAUUAUUUUCUUGAAGUAAUCGGCUAUCCGAAUUUCGAAGUUGUAAUCUAUACGUCCGAAACUGCGUUUAGUGCAGCUUCGGUGGUGGAAACUUUGGACAGCAAGCAGAAAGUCAUGUACAAAUUGUAUCGCGAUUGCUGCAAGUAUAUGAAUGGGGUUUAUGUUAAGGAUCUUUCCAAGCUGAACAGAGACCUUUCGAAAGUUAUCUAUAUCGAUGUUGAUCCGGAAGCGUUCCAGUUAAACCCAGAAAAUGUGCUACGUUUGCCAAAAUGGGAAGGUACU